CUGAGUUAUUGAGUGGUCAGUGAGAAGAGCCGCACCAACAGACGGUGGAGCUGGGACUCAUUCCAGGGAACAGCUCACCUUUGUCAGAGAUUUCUCUGAAGGUGGAGAGAGAGAGACCCUCUUCUUCAUCAACUCUUCUUCAUCAACUCUUUGGACUGUUUGAAGAAAAUGACCCAUCAGAAACCAGACCCUGCUGAACCUAAACCCAGCUGUGUCCAUGAAGACACCACUACUUUAAAAAAGAAGGCGACCUGUAAGGGACAGACCAAUUAAAAUGGAGGAGAGGAGAAGGAAGAGGUUAAUACAGAACGAAGGGGAGGAACAUAUUGAAAUAAAGAGCCGAAGACUGAGGACCCAUCACAGAGCAGACCCUGCUGAACCUGAACCUGAACCUGAACCUGAACCUGAACUUGAUCCUGAGCCUGAACCCAGCUGUGUGUCCUUUAAGAGCAACCGGUCAAAGGCCGAUAUUAUGAAUUUUAAACAUGUUUCUGACAAAAAGAUCCAGCAGCAGGGACCAGAGUCUCCUGAGCCUGGACCCAGCUGUUUGUCCUUUAAGACCGACCAGUCAAAGCAUGCUUUAAUUUAUUUUAAACAAAGACAUCCAUCUGACAGAAAAGUGGACCAGGAGAGCUCAGAGGUUCCCAGUGGUCAGUCUGCCCAGCAGCAUCAAACACACUUGGACUCCAUAUUUAUGUGGCUGGAGGAGAACAUCAUCACUUAUGUGAAGAAUGAGCUGAAGAAGAUCCAGAAGGUUCUGAGUCCAGAUUACCCAGAAUGCUCAGAGAGUCAGAGGGAGGGUGAGGAUGAAGAGCAGAGGAGCAGCAGAGAGGCAUUUCUGAAGAUCACACUGCACUUUCUGAAGAGAAUGAAGCAGGACGAGCUGGCUGACCGUCUGCAGAGCAGAAGUCCAGCUGGAGUUUGUAAGCAUAAACUCAAAUCUAACCUAAACAAGAAGUUCCAGUGUGUGUUUGAGGGGAUUGCUAUAGCAGGAAACCCAACCCUUCUGAAUCAGAUGUUCACAGAGAUCUACAUCACAAAGGGAGGGACUGCAGAGGUCAAUGCUGAACAUGAGGUCAGACAGAUUGAAACAGCAUCCAGGAAACCAGACAGACCAGAAACAACAAUCAGACAAGAAGACAUCUUUAAAACCCCAUCUGGAAGAGAUGAACCAAUCAGAACAGUGAUGACAACGGGAGUGGCUGGCAUCGGGAAAACAGUCUUAACACAGAAGUUCACUCUGGACUGGGCUGAAGAUAAAGCCAACCAGGACAUCCAGUUCAUAUUUCCAUUCACCUUCAGAGAGCUGAAUGUGCUGAAAGAGGAAAAGUUCAGCUUGGUGGAACUUGUUCAUCACUUCUUUAGUGAAACCAAAGAAGAAGGAAUCUGCAGGUUUGAAGAGUUCCCGGUUGUGUUCAUCUUUGACGGUCUGGAUGAGUGUCGACUUCCUCUGGACUUCCACAACACAAAAAUCCUGACUGAUGUUACGAAGUCCACCUCAGUGGUUGAGCUGCUGGCAAACCUCAUCAGGGGGAAUCUGCUUCCCUCUGCUCGCCUCUGGAUAACCACACGACCUGCAGCAGCCAAUCAGAUCCCUCCUGGGUGUGUUGACAUGGUGACAGAGAUCAGAGGGUUCACUGACCCACAGAAGGAGGAGUACUUCAGGAAGAAAUUCAGAGAUGAGGAGCAGGCCAACAGAAUCAUCUCCCACAUCAAGAGAUCACGAAGCCUCCACAUCAUGUGCCACAUCCCAGUCUUCUGCUGGAUCACUGCUACAGUUCUGGAGGACAUGUUGAAGACCAGAGUGGGACGAGAACUGCCCAAGACCCUGUCUGAGAUGUACAUCCACUUCCUGGUGGUUCAGUCCAAAGUGAAGAACAUCAAGUAUGAUAGAGGAGCUGAGACAGAUCCACACUGGAAUAAAAAGAGCAGGAAGAUCAUCCAGUCUCUGGGAAAACUGGCCUUUGAGCAGCUGCGGAAAGGUAACCUGAUCUUCUAUGAAUCAGACCUGACAGAGUGUGGCAUUGAUAUCAGAGCAGCCUCAGUGUGCUCAGGAAUAUUCACACAGAUCUUUAAAGAGGAGAGAGGACUGUACCGGGACAAGGUUUUCAGCUUCGUUCAUCUGAGUGUUCAGGAGUUUCUGGCUGCUCUUCAUGUCCAUCUGACAUUCACCAACUCUGGAGUCAACCUGCUGUCAGAAGAACCAACAACAUCAACGCAGUUCUACCAGGGACAUACAAUCCAUAAACCUGCAGAGGCACACCUCUACCAGGGACAAACAAUCUACCCUCAAGCAGCAGAGACACGCCUCUACCAGGGACAAACCAUCUACCCUCAAGCAGCAGAGACACGCCUCUACCAGGGACAAACAAGGUACCACCAACCAGUAGAGACAAACCUCUACCAGGGUCAAACAAUGUACCCUCUAUCUGCAGAGACACACUUCUACCAGAGUGCUGUGGACAAGGCCUUACAGACUCCAAAUGGACACCUGGACUUGUUCCUUCGCUUCCUCCUGGGUCUUUCUGUGCAGACCAAUCAGAAUCUCUUACGAGGCCUGCUGACACAGACAAGAAGUAGCUCAGUGACCAAUCAGGAAACAGUGGAGUACAUCAAGAAGAAGAUCAAUGAGAAUCUGUCUGCAGAGAGAAGCAUCAAUCUGUUCCACUGUCUGAAUGAACUAAAUGAUUGUUCUCUAGUGGAGCAGAUCCAGCGGUCCCUGAGUUCAGGAAGUCUCUCCACAGAUAAACUGUCUCCUGCUCAGUGGUCAGCUCUGGUCUUCAUCUUACUGUCAUCAGAGAAAGAUCUGGACGUGUUUGACCUGAAGAAAUACGGUGCUUCAGAGGAGGCUCUUCUGAGGCUGCUACCAGUGGUCAAAGCCUCCAACAAAGCUCUACUGAGUGGCUGUAACCUGUCAGAGAGAAGCUGUGAAGCUCUGUCCUCAGUUCUCAGUUCCCAGUCCUCUAGUCUGAGAGAGCUGGACCUGAGUAACAACCACCUGCAGGAUUCAGGAGGGAAGCUGAUCUCUGAUGGACUGAAGAGUCCACAUUGCACACUGGAGACUCUCAGUCUGUCAGGCUGUCUGAUAUCAAAGGAAGGCUGUUCUUCUCUGGUCUCAGCUCUGAGCUCCAACCCCUCCCAUCUGAGAGAGCUGGACCUGAGCUACAAUCAUGCAGGAGACUCAGGAGUGAAGCUACUGUCAGAGGGACUGGAGGAUCCUCUCUGCAGACUGGACACUCUCAGACUGAGUGGCUGUAAUCUGUCAGAGAGAAGCUGUGAAGCUCUGUCCUCAGUUCUCAGCUCCCAGUCCUCCAGUCUGAGAGGGCUGGACCUGAGUAGCAACAACCUGCAGGAUUCAGGAGGGAAGCUGAUCUCUGUUGGACUGAAGAGUCCACACUGCACACUGGAGACUCUCAGACUGUGUGGCUGUAAUCUGUCAGAGAGAAGCUGUGGAGCUCUGUCCUCAGUUCUCAGCUACCAGUCCUCUAGUCUGAGAGAGCUGGACCUGACUAACAAUAACCUGCAGAAUUCAGGAGUGGAGCUGAUCUCUGUUGGACUGAAGAGUCCACACUGCACAAUGGAGACUCUCAGUCUGUCAGGCUGUCUGGUCUCAGUGGAAGGCUGUUCUUCUCUGGUCUCAGCUCUCCACUCCAACCCCUCCCAUCUGAGAGAGCUGGACCUGAGCUACAAUCAUCCAGGAGACUCAGGAGUGAAGCUACUGUCAGAGGGACUGAAGGAUCCUCUAUGGAGACUGGAAACUCUCAGGGUGGAGCCUGCUGGAGUCAGAUGGUUGACACCAGGUCUGAGGAAGUAUUCCUGUGAACUCACACUGGACACAAACACAGUGAACAGAAAACUCAAACUGUCUGACAACAACAGGAAGGUGACAUUAGUGAUGGGGGAGAAUCAGCCAUAUCCUGAUCAUCCAGAGAGGUUUGACUGUCAUCAGCUGCUGUGUAGAGAUGGUCUGACUGGUCGCUGUUACUGGGAGGUUGAGAGGAAAGGAGUGGUUUAUAUAUCAGUGAGUUACAGAGGAAUCAGCAGGAUAGGAGACAGUAGAGACUGUGAGUUUGGAUCUAAUGAUCAGUCCUGGAGUUUGACCUGCUCUGAUCGUGGCUACUCUGUCUGGCACAAUAACAGACCAACAUCCAUCUCUUCCUCCUCUGUCUCUGGUAGAGUAGCAGUGUAUGUGGACUGUCCUGCUGGCUCUCUGUCUUUCUACACAGUCUCCUCUGACUCACUGAUCCACCUCUACACCUUCAACACCACAUUCACUCAGCCUCUCUAUCCUGGGAUUGGGUUUGGGUUCCAAUCUCCUGAUGCCUCAGUGUCUCUGUGUCCUCUGUAG